AUUCAUUUGUCAUAAGUGACAAUUCUCAUGUCAUCAUAAAAAUAUAUAAACACCUACUUUUCCAAGGGAGUUUCGGACUAUAGAAGACGCAGUAAUCAGAAGAAUUUAAUUAACAAAAUGAUUAUUUACGGUGUCUACAUCGUUAGUAAAUCGGGAGGGCUCAUAUUCAACCACGAUCACAAUAUACCACGAAUAGAGAACGAGAAAACAUUCAGUUAUCCAAUUGAUCUGGUGCUCGAUUAUGAUCCAAAGAAAGUGUCAGUGGUUUUCGGACAAAAAGACGGAAUAAAUGUCGGACAUGUCCUCGUAUCCAUCAAUGGGAUAAUGGCAAACGGGGGAACACUUGAAGAUGGCCGAGACGUAAAAGCAGUCAUAGAAGACGCCAACAAUUAUCCACUAAAUUUGAAAUUUAGUCGGCCCAGGAUGACAACGAAUGAAAAGAUUUUCCUAGCCAGUAUGUUCUACCCGCUAUUUGCAAUCGCUAGUCAAUUGAGUCCUGAACCGAAGAGUUCAGGUAUUGAAGUGCUUGAGGCCGAUACUUUUACUCUACAUUGCUUUCAGACCUUAACGGGUGUUAAAUUCAUGGUCAUUGCAGAACCUCACCAAACUGGAUUGGAUAUUUUAUUAAGACGAAUUUAUGAGUUGUAUUCGGAUUAUGUUCUCAAAAAUCCGUUUUAUUCGCUAGAAAUGCCAAUAAGAUGUGAAUUGUUUGAUAAUAAGUUACAAGCUUUGUUAGAACAAGUUGAAAAAGGUACGACUGCAUUAAUUGAGAAAUAAUGAUAAAAUUACUACACAUUGAA